AUGUCCGCUACGAUGAGAUCGACCGGAUUGGUCCGCGGAACACCUGCUUUCCGGUCUGCACUGAUAAUUACUGACGUAUUCCUCCUGGCAGACCGUAGUCGUUCCAAUGCACUGAGUCCGGCCUCCGUUGCAGCCCGCGGCCUACUGCGAAAUGGCCGCGGCCUGCCAUCUCAAGUCUCGGCGCUUGCCAUUCUGAUCCCACAGCGUGGAUAUUCGACCGAGCAAUCCACAUCGAACAACUCUUCUCAGAACUACCCUCCCCCCGGGUUCAAUGCCGAGCAAGCUAAGAAGCCGAUCCCGCAAGACCAGACCACGCAGUCACAAUCUACGACUUCCACGACCCAGCCCGCCGAGACACAACCAGCCGUUAGCAAGCCUGCCGGUGUUAUUGCAAAGACAAACCCGGAGGAGCAGAAGUCGGCCGAGAAGAAGAGCGCGAAAAAGUUGACGCUUGGGCAAAAGGUCAAGAAAGAGUUGCAGCACUACUGGGAUGGCACAAAGCUGCUUGCUACUGAGGUCAAGAUUAGUUCGAGGCUGGCAUUGAAGAUGGCCGGUGGUUAUGAGCUCAGUCGCCGAGAGCACCGCCAGCUCCAACGUACCACAAAGGAUCUGGGACGCCUGGUUCCAUUUUCGAUGUUCCUCAUCGUUCCCUUUGCCGAGCUCUUGCUCCCCGUCGCCCUCAAGAUUUUCCCCAACAUGCUCCCCAGCACCUACGAGGGGCAGAAGGCUCGCGACACCAAGGCCUUGAACCUUAGCUCGACUCGCAAGGAAGUUUCUGGGUUCUUACGCAACACCCUACGGGAGACCGGUCUACCUUUAACUGCCAGCACAGUCAAGAACGACGAAUUCACAGACUUUUUCCGCAAAAUCCGCACUACUGGUGAAACGCCCUCAACAGAGGACAUCAUCAAGGUUUGCAAGGUUUUCAAAGAUGAUCUGACCCUUGACAACCUGUCUCGACCCCAGUUGGUUGGUAUUUGCCGCUACAUGAACCUGAACUCCUUCGGUACGGACGCCAUGCUCCGGUACACCAUUCGACACCGGAUGCGUCAGAUCAAGCGUGAUGACCGUGCGAUCUUCUACGAGGGCGUUGAUUCCCUCUCCGUCCCAGAGCUGCAGAUGGCUAGCGCCUCGCGCGGAAUCCGCACACACGGCGUUUCCCCCGCGCGCCUGCGUGAGGAUCUUGGUAUGUGGCUCGAGCUGCGUCUUAAGCAGGGCGUUCCCUCAACUUUGUUGGUCUUGAGCAAUGCCUACCUGUACACGCAGGCUGGCAAGGAGUCUGAGAUGGCAUCACAAAUUGAUGCGCUCAAGUCCGUGCUCUCCAGCAUUCCCGAGGAGUUGUUCCACGAGAUCGAACUCGAGGUCCACAAUGCCGAGGGUGCUGCUACCAACAAGCAACGUCUUGAGGUUAUCAAGGAGCAGGAAGAUCUGAUCGAGGAGGAGAGUAAGCAGAACAGCGAGAACGAAGGCAAGGGUGUUUCUGCGCCUAAGGAUAUCGAGGAUAUUGACGAGAAGGAGGAGGCCAAGAUUGAGGCCGCAGCCGAUGGUGCUAAGCAGUCUGCCGAGGCCAAGGAGGCCAUGGUGGAAGGUGCGCGCGCCGAGAAGAUCCCCGAGUCCAAGGAGGCGAAGAAGAGUGAAGGCUUGUAA